CGUAAGAAAAUAAUGCUGGCUGGCGCCCGCACCUCCCAGUCGCUCCCAGUCCUCUGUGAGGAAAGGGCACCCGCGGUGUUUCCACUCCUGGACCCCCGCCUCGCAGCCCUCGCCGCCGCCUCGCCCCAAGAGCAGCUGGGCUCCUCUUAGGAUCUGCGAGCGCCGCGCCCGGGCUUUGCCAGCCCUGGGAGGCACCGCCCGCAAGGACACCUCUCCGUCCCGCCUCGUCCGCAACUCCUGUCCUCGUCGAGCUCCACGCGAGCCAGGAGUCCGGACGUCUCUCUGAGCGCGGUGCAUUAGCCCGAACAGUCCCUGCUACUCCAGCUCGGAGACAACUCUUAUCUCGGACCAGGGAGUCCUGAAGCGGAUUCUCGGCUACUUCUCACCUCGGAGCUGCGCUCUCCUACUUCGCUCAGGACGGGGGUGCCAAGAUGCCCCGCUGCUGCGCAGGGUCCUGGGCCGCCCCCGACGUGUGACCCCAGCCUGGUCCCUCUACUCGGCGGUCCUCCUUCCCUUUGGAGACCCCCGGCCCGGCCCCCGGGGGAGGAGGAAGAAGACGACGAGGCCGAGAGGGGGAUGUCGGGCUCCAAACACGUGAGUCCCCCGGGCUACGCGGCUCAGACAGCUGCGGCGCCGGCGUCCCGGGGAGGCCCGGAACACCGGUCCGCGUGGGGGGAAGCCGAAUCCCGCGCCAAUGGCUAUCCCCACGCCCCCGGGGCUUCGGUCCGCGGCUCCACCAAAAAACCCGGGGGGCCGGUGACCCCGCAGCAGCAACAGCGCCUGGCCAGCCGUUGGCGCGGCGACGACGACGACGAUCCUCCGCUGAGCGGCGACGAUCCUCUGGUCGGGGGCUUCGGCUUUAGCUUCCGCUCCAAGUCCGCCUGGCAGGAGCGGGGCGGCGACGACUGCGGUCGCGGCAGCCGCCGACAGCGGCGGGGCGCGGCCGGCGGGGGCAGCACCCGGGCGCCCCCUGCGGGCGGCGGCGGCGGCGGUGGUUCGGCGACCGCGGCGGCCGUAGCUGGCGGGACGGAGGUGCGCCCCCGCUCGGUGGAGGUGGACCUGGAGGAGCGGCGGGGCAAGGGCCGCGCGGCGGACGAGCCAGAGGCCGGCGCCGUCGAGGGCGGCGAGGGGUCCGGCGAUGGCGGCAGCUCGGUGGGCUCAGGCUCGGGGCCUGGAGCGGUGCUGUCUCUCGGGUCCUGUUGUUUGGCGUUGCUGCAGAUAUUCCGCUCCAAGAAGUUUCCGUCGGACAAGUUGGAGCGGCUAUACCAGCGCUACUUCUUCCGCCUGAACCAGAGCAGUCUGACGAUGCUGAUGGCCGUGCUGGUGCUCGUGUGCCUCGUCAUGUUGGCCUUUCACGCGGUGAGGCCCCCGCUCCAGCUGCCCUACCUGGCGGUGCUGGCGGCCGCCGUGGGCGUGAUCCUCAUCAUGGUUGUGCUCUGCAACCGCGCAGCCUUCCACCAGGACCACAUGGGCCUAGCCUGCUAUGCUCUCAUCGCUGUGGUGCUGGCCGUCCAGGUGGUGGGCCUCUUGCUGCCCCAGCCACGCAGCGCCUCCGAGGGUAUUUGGUGGACCGUGUUCUUCAUCUAUACCAUCUACACGCUGCUGCCUGUGCGCAUGCGGGCUGCAGUGCUCAGCGGGGUGCUCCUGUCCGCCCUGCACCUGGCCAUCGCUCUGCGCACCAACGCCCAGGACCAGUUCCUGCUCAAGCAGCUUGUCUCCAAUGUCCUCAUUUUCUCCUGCACCAACAUCGUGGGCGUCUGCACCCACUACCCAGCCGAGGUCUCCCAGAGACAGGCCUUCCAGGAGACCCGGGAGUGCAUCCAAGCACGGCUCCACUCGCAGCGGGAGAAUCAGCAGCAGGAGCGGCUCCUGCUGUCUGUCCUUCCCCGUCAUGUUGCCAUGGAGAUGAAAGCAGACAUCAACGCCAAGCAGGAGGAUAUGAUGUUCCAUAAGAUUUACAUCCAGAAACAUGACAACGUGAGCAUCCUGUUUGCUGACAUCGAGGGCUUCACCAGCCUGGCGUCCCAGUGCACUGCCCAGGAACUGGUCAUGACCCUCAAUGAGCUCUUCGCCCGCUUCGACAAGCUGGCUGCAGAGAAUCACUGUUUACGUAUUAAAAUCCUGGGGGAUUGCUAUUACUGCGUCUCGGGGCUGCCUGAAGCCAGGGCUGACCAUGCCCACUGUUGCGUGGAGAUGGGCAUGGACAUGAUCGAGGCCAUCUCGUUGGUCCGGGAGGUGACAGGGGUGAACGUGAACAUGCGUGUGGGAAUUCACAGCGGGCGAGUACACUGCGGUGUCCUUGGUCUCAGGAAGUGGCAGUUCGACGUCUGGUCUAACGACGUCACUCUGGCCAACCACAUGGAGGCUGGUGGCAAGGCAGGACGCAUCCAUAUCACCAAGGCCACACUCAAUUACCUGAACGGGGACUACGAGGUGGAGCCGGGCUGCGGGGGUGAGCGCAACGCCUACCUCAAGGAGCACAGCAUCGAGACCUUCCUUAUCCUGCGCUGUACCCAGAAGCGGAAAGAAGAGAAGGCCAUGAUUGCCAAGAUGAACCGCCAGAGGACCAACUCCAUUGGGCACAACCCACCACACUGGGGGGGUGCUGAGCGCCCCUUCUACAACCACCUGGGUGGCAACCAAGUGUCCAAGGAGAUGAAGCGGAUGGGCUUUGAAGACCCCAAGGACAAGAACGCCCAGGAAAGUGCUAACCCUGAGGAUGAAGUGGAUGAGUUUCUGGGCCGCGCCAUCGACGCCAGGAGCAUCGACAGGCUGCGGUCUGAGCAUGUCCGCAAGUUCCUCUUGACCUUCAGGGAGCCUGACUUAGAGAAGAAGUACUCCAAGCAGGUGGAUGACCGAUUUGGUGCCUACGUGGCGUGUGCCUCGCUCGUCUUCCUCUUCAUCUGCUUUGUCCAGAUCACCAUCGUGCCCCACUCCGCGUUCAUGCUGGGCUUCUACCUGGCCUGUUUCCUGCUGCUGAUCUUGGUGGUGUUUGUGUCUGUGAUCUACUCCUGUGUGAAGAUUUUCCCCUCCCCACUGCAGACCCUUUCCAGGAAGAUCGUUCGGUCCAAGAUGAACAGCACUCUGGUUGGGGUAUUCACCAUCACCCUGGUGUUCCUGUCGGCUUUUGUCAACAUGUUCAUGUGCAACUCCACGGACCUGCUGGACUGCCUGGCGGAGGAGCACAACAUCAGCGUGAGCCAGGUCAACGCGUGCCACAUGGUGGAGUCGGCUGUCAACUACAGCCUGGGAGACGAGCAGGGCUUCUGUGGCAGCACCUGGCCCAACUGCAACUUCCCCGAGUACUUCACCUACAGCGUGCUGCUCAGCCUGCUGGCCUGCUCCGUGUUCCUGCAGAUCAGCUGCAUUGGGAAGCUGGCCCUCAUGCUAACCAUUGAGCUCGUCUAUGUACUCGUCGUCGAGGUGCCUGGGGUCACACUCUUCGACAAUGCCGACCUGCUGGUCACUGCCAACUCCAUAGACUUCAACAACAACGGGACCUCCCAGUGCCCUGAGCACGCAACCAAGGUGGCGCUGAAGGUGGUGACACCCAUCAUCAUCUCAGUCUUCGUGCUGGCCCUGUACCUGCAUGCUCAGCAGGUGGAAUCUACCGCCCGCCUCGACUUCCUCUGGAAACUGCAGGCCACAGAGGAGAAAGAGGAGAUGGAGGAACUGCAGGCCUACAACCGGCGGCUGCUGCACAACAUCCUGCCCAAGGAUGUGGCUGCCCAUUUUCUGGCCCGUGAACGGCGCAACGACGAGCUCUACUAUCAGUCCUGUGAGUGCGUGGCCGUCAUGUUCGCCUCCAUCGCCAACUUCUCCGAGUUCUACGUGGAGCUGGAGGCCAACAACGAGGGUGUCGAGUGCCUGCGGCUGCUCAACGAGAUCAUUGCAGACUUCGAUGAGAUUAUCAGCGAGGACCGAUUCCGGCAGCUGGAAAAGAUCAAGACCAUUGGCAGUACCUACAUGGCUGCCUCGGGCCUCAACGACUCCACCUAUGACAAAGUGGGCAAGACCCACAUCAAAGCCCUGGCCGACUUUGCCAUGAGGCUGAUGGACCAAAUGAAGUACAUCAAUGAGCACUCCUUCAACAACUUCCAGAUGAAGAUAGGGCUCAACAUUGGCCCCGUGGUGGCUGGGGUGAUUGGGGCACGGAAGCCUCAGUACGACAUCUGGGGCAAUACAGUGAAUGUGGCCAGCCGCAUGGACAGCACUGGUGUGCCAGACCGAAUCCAGGUCACUACUGACAUGUACCAGGUGCUGGCCGCCAACACUUACCAGCUGGAGUGCCGGGGUGUGGUCAAGGUGAAGGGCAAAGGCGAGAUGAUGACCUACUUCCUCAAUGGGGGGCCCCCACUCAGUUAGCAGCUGGCACUGACCAUGCCAGGUGGCCUGGCUUCCAGAGGAAUGGAAGCAGCUUCUCUGUUUGCCAGGGGCAGCGGGAAGCCUGCGCUGCGGCCCACAUAGCCGCACUGGUUACAUUCUCCACUUUGACUCCAGAAGCAGCUUUUGCCUUUGCGGGUGGGCAGUGGCGUCUGUCCCAGGCCCUGGGGUGCCAGCGUCCUGCAAGCACCAAGCUGACCAAAGAUGUUUCCCUCUGUAGAAGACUCCACUAGACUUGGUCUGAAUCUUGAGUUUUCUAACAGGUGCUGCUGCCCAGGGGGAAAGGAGCUGUUGGAGCAUGUGUGGGGGUGGCGCAGCCCAGUGCACAGCGGCCAGGGCUAAGGGAGGGGCCUCAGCCUCACACAUGGGGGAAGGUGGGCUUGGCUCUAGCCUGGGGGAGCCCAGGGGGCUGCUCUUCUAUGUGAGUCUUUAAAAUUCAGACAGGCUGCAACCCCUGUGCCAUGGAGGGGUUUUGGGCAGCAGUCCUGGCUCUGGAGGGACUGUGGCCUUCAUUGCGGUCCUCUGCCCACCUCCAUGCACACAGACGGUGCUCUAUGGGUGAAACGGAACUGAUUGCGAGGGGAGGCAAGAGGACACCAAGCAAGUGAUGGUUCUGAGGCAAAGAAAAUAUUUAUUAAAUAAAACAAAACAAGUUCUCUGUGCCCUUCUUUAGACUAUGCUAGUUGUAUGCGUGUAAGGGACAUACGGCAAGUGAGGAUGCCACAGAAGAGGGAGGGUGGGGAGCUCAACUUGUCUUUUUUGUAUUUUUUAUUUUGUAUUAUUGAAAGCCUUGGAGAUCUAACAGAUAUGCCAAAUUCUAUAUUUUGUAAAUUCUCUAUAUUAGAAAACAGCUGUGCACAGCGGGGUGUUUGUGCUCAUUUGUACUGUAUGUAUGUUGGUGCGUGUGCCAGUGUAUACGUAUGUAUGUUCAUGCCGUGGAACUGGUCUCACACAGGAUGCAUUUCCCUCACUUCAGAUUUGGCAGUUUUGGGUUUUCCCAGGUACAACCAGAGCAGUAGGUGUGCCCUUUUGGGGUACCAUAUGCUUAGAUGCACAAACACAUUAGCCCAUCUCUUUCUACCACAUGCACACGUGCACACACACACACCGCUCCCCUUGAGUAAAACCAAACGGAAUGUGACAAAGAAAACAAAUAGCUGCUUUCCCACAUCAGGCUGAACUGGAACUAAGGGAAGCAGCCUCAGCCUGAGCAGGAAGUGUGUAGUGUGUGGCUCUGCUCCCCUUCUUUCUCUGAGACUGCUGUCCCUGCAAAGGGUGGCCCCCGUGUACUCUCAGGAGCGCAGGGAUGGUGGGUUCUCUGCUGAGGGUGUAAGCAAGCCUGGCCUGCCUGGAUUCUCAGUUACUUCAGUGCAAGUGGCCCUCCCUGGGAUGUGCAGCCCUCACGGUUGGGGAGAUGGGGUGGACCCACCCUCUACCUGCAAACCAGAGGAACAGGGAGACUCGGCUCCCGAGAAUAUGGGGAAAAGGAAGCAGGAAUGUUUUGUUGGGAGAAAGCAGUUAAAUAUAGUAAGAAAAAAAUAUUUUUUAUAAAAUAUGAGAGGCAUUUGGAGAAUGAUAUAAUAUCACAGAAUUCAAACAGAAUCCUUAGGGCCUAUGCCCAGAUCCUUUCAUUGCUUCUCAGGGCAGAAUUAUUCUCACCUCCAACACGAGCUUGAAGGAGGUGAGGAGGCAGCUCUGUGCCAGCUGCUAAAACGUUACUUGGAGCCUCUCCUGCCCGUACACCAACUCCCACCCCACUUUGAACACAGCUCAGAGAAGCAAAGUGUAUGGACCUGAAACUGCCAAGCCUGAGUCUGUCCCAAGCUUCUGCCGCUCUAUCCUUGGAGUUCUUCAUUGGCCCUCUUGCCAUCUUGCGGGAGGCUGGCUUUCUCCCGCGGUGUUGCUCCCAAGCUCCCUGCCCCUCCAUAUCACCCGCCUGUGGUGUUGGGUUUUCGUUCUGCUUCCACCCUGCGUAAAGUGUGCGUGUUGAGUUCAUUCCUCAGUUGGUUGUGGCCUCCCAGGCCUCAGGGGCUCUUCCCAUCCCAGCAGUGACUGGUGACAGCGUGCAGUGCUAGCUCUUUGUUCCCUCUAGGGAGUGUGCACUCUUUUUAUUCCUGCUCUUGCAAAAACAGAUACAAUUAUGAUUUCCCAUGGAAAUUGAAAAGCCUAUUUAAAUAAUUUAACUAUUAAACACUUUCACUGG